AGUUUGACUACACUAUUAGAAAUUUGCAAUGUCUCUCGGAGAGAGAAAUCAUAAUGUACCUCUAAAUAUUCCUUUAUAUGCAUACAAGUAUCCAUGUUCUUCAAGAGUAAAGUUAACAGCAAUAAAGAAGGGUAUUUUUUACCCUACCUUGCCUUCGUUUAGAAAUGUUGAUAGAGAUACACAUAUGAAUAAACUGUCGGAUGAACAUUGCCAAACUUCAACAAAAUUUGUUCUUCCAGGCAAAGAACAAAGAAAACCAUAUGACAUCUUAGACAGACAGAAUGAGAAUCCAUUUAAAAGCUUUUAUACUUCAAACCGAGAAAUAAAUCAAACAAAGGAAAAUUGGUCAGAAUUUUUAGAAAGAUGUCCCGAACGAUUCGAAAUAAGGUUACCUGAACUAAUGGAAAACAAAGCAGAUUUUCAUUUUUGCGGAUAUGGUGUACGAUAUUUCUCACCCGGAAAUUUAAACAGUCGUUUUACUUUAAGAGAAACAAUUUCUGGACUGUGUGAUGUAGCCCGAUGUUUGAAUGGCAUUUGCCAAGAUAAUCAGUGUGUUUGUAACAACUGUUUCAUUGGAACAAACUGUGAAACCUAUGUUAACAAGUUUUCUCCCAAAUUUUCUCAAAAAUCCUAUAAAGUUAACGUGGCAUCUAAAGGAAAUUUUAUCAAAAGAGAGGUGUUUCAAGUAUUUGCAGAAGACAACGAUAAAUAUAUUUGUAAAGACAAUCAAACUCCAUGUACAUGUGCAAAUGUUGACUAUUAUUUGGUAACGAAUGACAAAAAAAAUGUUUUUGAUAUAGAAAAGCAAACGGGAAUUAUCUUUUUAAAAAAAGAUAUAAUUUUACCUAUUGGUCAAAUGUUUCAUUUAGAAGUCAAAGCCUCUAACGCCAAUGAAUGGGAUAAUUUCGAUACUGCUGUUGUGACUUUGAAUAUUGUAGAAGAAGAUAAGAAAAAGAAAUUGAAUCUCAAAAAUUCUCUUUUCAUAGACAGUUCGUACGAAAGUGAAUCUUUUAAUGUACCGAUAAACAAUAUGCUUCCGUCGCUUCAUUCAAGGACAAAGAGGAGCGUUCCUACGUCACCGAUCAAUCCAGAUAAUAUAACAUUACAUUUGAUUAAGUACGGAAAAUAUGAAAAUGUCACGGAACUGCGCCCGGGAUCAAAAAUUACUUUUCAGUUAGCAAUACAUUUUCCAGUUUAUACAACGGACUUGCUGGUUGAACUUUUUACUCCAGAUAAUGAUACGACAAUCGCGAAAUUAUGUGAUGUGAAAGUGAAAACAAUUGGAAAUAAAUUGAUUGUUGAUCCACAGUUCAACAUUCCUUCAAAUUUUAAACCUAUCAUGGAAUCUAAAGAUGGUACAGAUGAAUACGAUAGAGCAAUACUGAACUUUGGAAAUGUAAGUUGUACGGGCGGUGGAGCAGCUUCAGAUAAUAUGAUAGUAAUAGAGUGGGAUGUUUUUCUUCUAAAUAAACCAAAUUCAAUUAUAAAUGGGUCAACUUAUUGGAUAAGCGCUGGAGCUGAAUAUAAUUUCGAGACAGAAGUUUGGGUCGGACAGGCAGCUUUUACAGCUGUUUUGGAUACACACAUUCCGAGUAUUUUGCCAACCUUUAAUUUUACGGGUCCGGAGUUUUUGGAAAUUGGAACUUCGGCGAAAUAUGUUUUAGAUAUUUAUAUUCCGUAUGCGGUAACUACUGUUGUUCUUGAUGUUUUUGCACCAAUGAACCAUACCGAUAUCUUGUCAGUAUGUGAUAUAAGAGUUGUUUCAAAAGGAGAAAACUAUGAAUGUUUAAAAACGGAUCACCUAAAUAUUGAACAAUAUAAAAGUAAAACAAAGAUAACAAACGAAAAAGCGAGAUUGAAUCUUGGAGAAAUUAUAAAUAAAGGUGCAAGAGAAGAUGAUAAUGAGAUUAUAAAAAAUAGGUUAACUUUAGAAAUAGUUGUUCACCUUCAAGAAAAUAACAAUUUUAUUGGAAAAAAUUAUUGGGUUUUAACUCCGAAAGUAUCAUUGGAACUUUUAACUCCUCAAAAUGUCUUUAUAGGCGACUCAAUAUUACAUGAAAUGGUUGUUGAAUAUCCUAAAAAUUCUUUGUCAUUCUAUGAAUUGGAAGUUAUUUUACCUUUUAAUCAAAGUCAAGAAUGGUUAAAAAUAUGUUCUCUAAAAAUGGUUUUUAGUGGUAAAAACCUACCAUGUGUUACUUGCCAUCAACAUAAUAACUGUCCGAUUGAGUAUUCAUCAAGAUACAAUGGGAAAUAUCACGACAAAGCGGUUUGGAAAUUGGGUAACAUCCUCCACACAGGACAUUAUGAAGUCGAUCAGUUUCCCGAGAGUAACAAAAUGAAAUUUCUUUUGACAACUCAAGUACUAAAUCAUUCCUUGGCUCUUUCCGGUACGCAGAUUGAUCUAACUUUAGGUUUCCGAUUUGCAAAUAAUAAACUCUGGGUUGGAAAGUCUGAAGUUUUUCUCUCCGACAAUAUAACAAGAUACAACAAUAAUAACACAACACCAAAUUUUAAAACGUACUUCUCAACAAAAAAUAACACAAUUGCUAGGGAAGAAACAAAAAGUAUACAAAUUGAUAUUGAAACACAAGAAUUUUCUAUAAAUUAUCCUAUGGAAAUUAUUUUGAGUUCUCCUCAAAUUUCAACAAUACCAAUUUUGAAAAUUUGCUCCUUUGAAGUUUUCUUUGUGGGUGAAAACAUUCACUGUGUGUCUGCAAAGGAGUUAUCAAUGAAAGCAAUAUUUUUUAGUUCUCAGAACAAUGACGAGUAUGACAAUCUUAAAGCUACUUUUGGUUCUAUUUGUAACUUAAAAUAUAACGAUUUUCCGAAAAAUACAAAAAAAGAAAACAAGGUUCUACUUGCCUUCACUGUAAAAUUACAAAAUUAUUCAAAUAUAAUGGAAGGUUCUAGCUUUGACAUCGAUAUAAAAAUUAAUUACAUGUGGGAAAAUUCAUGGACUAUUAAACUUCCUUUUAUUGCAACACUUCUUAACCCACAUAUUUUAGACGAAAAACCUAAAAUCUUUUUUGAUGAAAAAAUUCAUACUUUGCGAAGACUCUCAUCAAUACCAUACAAGUUUUCUAUGAAGAUACCAACAUCAUCUUCUUCACAUUUGUUUUUGACGCUAAUUGCAAGCAGUACUCUCUCCAUUUGUAACGUUCGAGUACUUAGAGUUGGCUCUAACUUUAAGUGUUUAAAUCAAUUAAAAUUUUCUUAUGAAAAACACACGGAAAACUAUUUGCAGUACGAUCAGACGGCAUCUUUAGAUAUGGGUAUUGUUAGCAACACAGGAUUCGGAAACUAUUCUUUAAACGAGACGUUUGAUGAAAAUACUAUUGAAUUUGAAGCAAUUUUAUCUCAAAUUGUAUUCUCUCAAUAUGGUCUAGAUACCAACAGUUUCAUCAACGUGUCGCUAAAGUAUAAUGGAGAUAAUUUUAUAGAAGAAAAAAGUCCUAUCUUCAAUAUAACACCGCCGAUGAACAAAGGAAAAACUCAAAUAAAUUAUAAAAUAACUCGAUCUGGAUUUGUUAACGAAACAGAAGAAGAUAAAUAUAUUCAAAGAGGAGAAAGCUUUAGAACAAUUUUAGAGAUAUAUCCUGAAAUUGAUAGUGAUGAAGAACUGAGUGUUAAAUUUAUUACUCCUGUUAAUAUAUCUAAUAUAAUAGAUAUAUGUAGCGCUCACAUCAUAUUUGUUGGAAAAAAUAUACCUUGUUUGGAACGAUUAGCAAUUAAGCCGAAGUUUUCAUCGAGGAACAAUUCUAAUGUAAUGGAUAUUGUGGAAUUGAAAUUAGGCCGCGUUUGCCGUAGAAAUAUAUCUAUGUUUGAAAAAGACAAUGUUAUAAAAGUGGAAGCAAUAGGAAGGAUAUUAAAAAACUCUUCGGCUGACAAGUUUUGGUUUAGUUCUGCUAUUGAACUAAAUAGUGAAAAGCUUUUUUUAGCCCAAUUAGCCUUGGAAGUGAAACAACAAUCAUUAAAUCCUACAAGUAAUCCAAAUGGUGGAAUAAAAGUUAACGAAUCGUCAAAAGCAGUCUAUCCUUCGGAAAUUUUUUUGCUCCCUGUUAUUAUAACUUUACCGGAAAAUGAAACGUUUUCUUUGGUGACUGAUAUAAAAACUAAUUUAUCAGACACUGCAACAGCAACUGUUAACUGGGUUAAAAUCAUGAAAAUUGGAAAAAACAUUGGAUGUUCAAUUUCGAAUAAUGGAGAACAUAAUAUUAACGUAACAUCUUCAAACAAAAAUUCUCAAAACGACAAGCUGAUUCUAGAUUUUGGCAUAGUUUCUAAUUCAGGAGCUGGUAGUCGUCAGCAAGACACAGAUAGUGAAAAUAAUGAAAUAUUCUUACUUUACGAAUUACAAUGCGCCGAUAGCGUUUUAAAUGAAAAUAGGCAAAAGAUAUCUAUACUCUUGGGUUUAAAAUAUGGCUCUGUUAUAAAGUUAACGGAACAUCAUCUGAUCAUUAAACGCACAAACUUUGAAAAUCCAAAACUAUCACUCGAGUUAUCUUCCAACUCAAUUUCUGAGCUUCUUAAUCCGUAA